GUAACGUCCGUUGAUUUAAAAACCCUAUAGGUGCUGCCGCCGUCCCGUUUAUAGGCGACACAGACGGAGAAAGAUGUCCGGUAUUUGUAAUUAAAACAUAAGCGGCGGACUUAUAUAUAAAAAUAAAUAAUUAACAAGAAGUAGGACUGUUUGAUUUUGUAGAAAGAAGAUGGAGUUUGAGACGACGGAGACUGUACGCUCGACACCGAGUCGCCACGAAAAAAGUUUGGGGCUCCUCACGAUGAAGUUUGUCAGUCUGCUCCAAGAAGCGAAGGACGGCGUCCUUGAUUUGAAAGUGGCUGCAGACAGCUUGGCGGUGAAACAGAAGAGGAGGAUAUACGACAUCACCAACGUGCUUGAAGGAGUGGGACUGAUCGAGAAGAAAAAUAAGAACAUAAUCCAGUGGAGGGGAGAGAACUCAGGCAGCCAAACUCAGGAGGUGGUCGAGCAGGUGAAGGUUUUAAAGGCUCAAAUCGCUGAGCUGGAGGCCCAAGAGAAGGAGCUGGACAGCCAGAAGGCAUGGCUAGAUGAGAACAUCAAACACCUUAAACACGAUCCCAUCGUCAGCCCUUAUAAAUUUGUGACACAUGAAGACAUCUGCAAUGCCUUCAGCGGAGACACUCUUCUUGCAGUAGUGGCUCCCGCUGGGACUCAGCUGGAGGUACCGCUACCCGAAAUGGGCCAGAGUGGUCAGAAGAAGUACCAGGUGAAUCUCCGCAGCCACUCCGCUCCCAUCCAGGUCAUGCUCAUCAACAGGGAUUCAGACUCCACAAUACCUGUGGUUUUCUCUGUGCCGCCCACCGACGACAUCGGCCCAUUGCCAACCCCACCCAGCACCCCCGCCAGCCUGCAGAGGUUCCCCCUCUCGACGUCCGUUUAUUCCACCUCCAACACUACCUCCUCCUACUGCAGCCAGGACUCUCUCUGCUCAGACCACCAGAUGGUGCUGCCAGAACACAACGAGGUGCUGACGCCGUCAUCCACCCCUCCCAAUCUACACAUGGAGUGUCACAGUCUGUCUGCAGCAGAGCUGGAGCAGCAGCAGAUGGACCUUGUGGGCUCAGAGUUCCAGUCUGUACUCGACGUGAGCAGCCUGCUGAAGCUCAACACAGCUGGAGACCACAUGAAGGACGACAGAGAGGGAACUGUUGACCUGAUUGACGAGCUGAUGUCUACUGAUGGUAUAGACUACAGCUUCAACCUGGAUGACCACGAGGGAGUGUGUGACCUGUUUGAUGUGCAGAUCCUCAAUUACUAAUGUGCGCGUAUACAAUCUUAGGAAGCACUUUUUGCUUCUCUAAAGACACUUCAGAGAUACAGUUAUUUUUUUGUUUUUUUUUUACCAUGGCAUAGCUGAUACCUGAACAACCAUUGUCUUCUUGAAAAGCCUUUACACACAUCAGUUUAUCACAAUGGUCUUUUGCCCUCGGCUAAUACAAAACUAAGUGCCUGAAUUAAUUUACAGUAACACAUUUAUAAAGCCAGAGUCAUUAUGUGUCCAUUCAGCUUUCAGUGGUAUACAAGGUAAAUAUUUACAGCAUCCCAGAGAAAUGAGGUGUUGUAUCAAGCCAGGAUGAAUCAGACUCCUUCUGCACUUUUGCUUGUAUGUAUCUUUGUAUUUUUCCACUUCCUGUGGAAAGCCUGACACUUGAAGAAACUGCUUUACUUUCCUUAUGAACAGUUGGGACUGUGACUGUUAUAUACUGAUAUUCACAGUAACUCGUAACAAUUCAGUAUUGGCCUCGUUCUAACAUUUGAUACAGGGUUGAUGAUCUAGUUCAGGGUAUUUGAGUAACUUUCUUUACACGGAAAGCAUAUUGUGUGAAAAAUUAACCCAUUCCAUAGUUGUAUUUCGUAUUUCAUUUCAAAUGGCAUAUUGUAUUUAAUGUGUGAAUGUUUCCGGUUACGUUUUGUAACCUUGUUCUCAUGUGAAAAUGCCAGAAAGUUGUCUUUCCUAAAUUAAUGAACCACUGCCGUUUUAGGCCUUAAAAAACAAGUCUUAUAAUCACAGUUAUAUAUUUGAAUAAUUAAUAUUUUUUACUUAAUUUAAGAAAAAAUUAUUCUUGGUUCAAGUUUGUUGAAACUGAAGCUGGUUGACUGCCUUAAUUGUAAUUUAAAAAGUGAAUUAGCCAUAUUUCUGAUCUGAAAUAACAGAUGUUACGAGCCUAUAAUGGCUUUUUUUGUAUAUUUAUAGUUUUCUUUGAUUACAAGAAGUCUUGUUUUUGAUACAUUUUUUGUUUAUUUGCACAUUUUUGAAAGUUUUUUCAAUAAAUGGAUUUAAUCUUAUAUUAAGUCUUGUUUCGUUUUUCUGACAAGUAAUGACAGACAGUUUUGAAAAUACAAAAUGAGAGAAGCAAAACAAUCACAAAUGACUUUAUUCAUUCACAAUAAACCUUUUAUCAUGUAAGACGUGUUUGUAUGACAGCCUUGUUUAACCACUUCUUAUAUAACAGUUGAACCC